AUCGACAUCAGCAGUCGUUAAAUCGCUUUUUCAUUUAAAUCUGUGAACGUGAAGUUAUAAAUUCUUGUAAUUAGAAGAAUUCCAGAGAUUAUAGACAAUUUUGUUAAGGGAAGCCAUAUGCAAAAUUGAAACAUGUCUUACUCAAUAAACAGGCAACCCCUAUUAAGAGGGAUUAGUGAUAGUGAAUUUGAGGACGACAUCGAGACUGAAAUUGAAGAACCAAGUAUUUCUAAACAAGAUGAAGAACCAUUUAUUAAGCCACAUGAGCCUACUGACAGGUUUCAGUUCGCAUAUCUAGUAUUUUAUCUGCUCGGAGUGACGACUUUGAUUCCGUGGUGCUUUUUCAUGACAGCCGACGAGUACUGGAUGUACAAAUUUCGAGAAAUUCGGAAUGACAGUGGCAAUCACAAUUAUACCCUUGCGGACCAACUAGGGAAUAAAACUGAUUUGCAAGCAAGUUUUAUGUCUUAUCUGUCAGUAUGCGGUGCUAUUCCAAAUACUCUUUUUUUAAUAAUAAAUGCGUUCAUAAGCGACAAAAUAUCUUUAGAGUUAAGAAUGAUAGGAUCACAAGGAGUGGUUUUAAUAAUCUUCCUUGUGACGACUGCUUUUGUCAAAGCCGACACCGACCAUUGGCAGAGCCUAUUUUUAAUCAUAACACUCUCUAGUGUGGCCUUGAUGAACAUGAUAAGUGCCAUAUUUGGAGGAGGUCUUUUGGGAAUUUCUGGCCGUUUUCCACCCAGAUAUAUAACAGCAAUGUCCGGGGGUCAAGCCCUGGGAGGAAUUUUAGCUGCAUUAGCUGAUAUUUUCUGUUUAUGGUUGGGUGCUAGUCCUGUAGUUUCAGCUCUGCUAUAUUUUGUUAUCGGAGAUGCCAUACUCUUCUUCUCAUUAGUUUCCUAUAUCUUCUUGCAAAAAACAGAUUUUUUCAAGUAUUAUACGCAUGUGAAAACACGACAUUCUAGCAGAGAGCAGAACUAUACAGUAAAUGGAGAUGUGACUUUUUCUCAUGAACAUAAAUUUUCGUAUCUUCGGAUUGCGAAGAGAAUUUGGAAAUAUGGAUUGAGUUUAUUUUUAGUAUUUUUUGUCACGAUGAGCGUUUGUCCAGCAGUGACGGUUUUAGUGGAAAGUAAAAAUCGAGGACAUGGUCAUGCCUGGAAUGAUAUUUAUUUCGUACCAGUUGUCACAUAUUUAUUAUUCAGUUGCGGUGAUUACGCUGGUAGAUUGAUAUCAGGAAUUUUUUUAUGGCCCAAAGGAAAACCUUGGCUCGUAAUGUAUAUGUGCAUACUAAGGGUCGCUUUCGUCCCAGCAUUUUUGUACUGUAACGCACAGCCACGGCACAAUUUGCCUGUUUACAUCGACAGUGAUUUAUUUUAUAUUUUCAUGACGAUAAUUUUCGCUCUCACAAAUGGAUACUUAUGCAAUAUGAUUUUCAUCUUGGUGCCUACAGUUGUUGAUCCUCAAGAAAGAGAGGUUGCUUCCGCGAUGAUGGGAGGUUUCCUAGGAUUGGGAAUUUCUUUUGGAUCGGCAGUAAGCCUCGGUCUGGUGAAAGUACUUUAAAAAUCGAAAAAAAUCAUUUAACACAAAGAGACAAUGUUUUUUUUUUUUAAAUUUAGAAUUUUUAUUUACUGACUCAUCUAACAUUUGGUGUCGAUUCGUCACCAUUUAGUUUAGGUAUGUUUUUUUUAAACAAUUUUUUCAUACUGUAAUUAUAAUUCUGCAUAUAUUAUUUGAUAGUAUGAUAGAAAAAAAAGUAUUUAAAUCAAGAAUUAGCAAUUAAUAUUUGUAUUAAUUGUUAACGAUCUGAAUUUUAGAAUUUUAAAUAUGUU